UUCACAAAUACAUUGAGAUCCACUACUACAAUUUCUCUCUCUCUCUAUCUCUUUCAUUCUCUCUCUCUUUAACUUCUUUUGUUCCUUAUCAUCUCACUUUCUCGCUCUUUCUUCCCCCAUACAGAUUUUCCACCAGCCAACAGAAUACGCGAGAAAUUUUUCACAGUUUUGAGGCGCAAACACACUCUUCGUAGCUUCUUCUUAUUCAAUUCAAUACUUCAUUCAUAGCUUCUUCUUAUUCUCACUCUUCAUCGAUCUGAAACGCCGCCGCUAAAUAAAUAUUUUAUAUAUUUAUUAUUAUUCCUUUUAUUUUCAUUCAGAUUGUCAAAUUCAAUUCGUUAGGUUUUGUUUUUCGUAUCUCGUUUUUUUGUGAAUUUUCGUUUUCGAGCUGCGGUGAAGCCCUAGAUUGGUUUGCGGCGCGGUGGAUAUUGUUGUGGUUGUGGUUUCUUGUUCGAUCUGUGGGCGGGGAACCUUGUUGAAUAGCGUUGGUGAAUUUAGCUCUACGAACCCUAAUUUUGGUGUGAAAAGGGAUCUGGUUGAUUUUUUUUGGUGGCGGUGGUGUAGUUUUGUUUGUUUUUGGUUACGUGCGUUUUGCGGUGAACGCGGUGAAUACGGUUUUUGUUUAUUAGUUUGUGCCGCCCAUGCUAUUGGGUUGAAUUUGAUGCCGCCGGAACCUUUGCCUUGGGAUCGGAAGGACUUCUUCAAGGAGAGGAAGCACGAGAGGUCGGAGUCGUUAGGGUCGGUGGCUAGAUGGAGAGAUUCGUCUCAUCAUAGAGACUUUAAUCGAUGGGGAUCCGCCGAUUUUCGCAGACCACCGGGUCAUGGUAAGCAGGGUGGUUGGCACAUGUUUUCUGAAGAGCCUGGUCAUGGUUAUGGGGUUUCUAGGUCCGGUGACAAGAUGUUGGAGGAAGAUAGCCGGCCGUCAAUUUCACGGGGUGAUGGAAGAUAUGGCAGGAGUAGUAGGGAUAAUAGAGGAGGUCCCUUUGGCCAGAGAGAUUGGAGAGGUCAUUCUUGGGAGGUCACCAAUGGCUCUCCGAAUUUGUCUAGGAGGCCACAAGAUAUGAAUAAUGACCAGAGGUCAGUUGAUGAUUCCCUAACAUAUUCCUCUCAACCACAUUCUGAUUUUGUAAACACUUGGGAACAACAUCAAUCGAAAGACCAGCAUGAUAAGAUGGGUGGUGUUAAUGGGUUGGGAACAGGCCCGAGAUGUGAUAGGGAGAAUUCUUUGGGUUCGAUUGACUGGAAGCCACUUAAGUGGACCCGAUCUGGAAGCUUGUCUUCUCGAGGCUCAGGUUUUAGUCACUCAAGUAGCUCAAGGAGCAUGGCAGGGGGAGAUUCCUAUGAAGCAAAGCCUGAUUUGCAACCCAAAAAUGUCACUGCUAUUGAGUCGCAUUCAGGAGAAGCCACUGCAUGUGUGACAUCUUCUAUGCCUUCUGAAGAUACGAUGUCUAGGAAGAAGCCUAGACUAAAUUGGGGCGAGGGACUUGCAAAGUAUGAGAAGAAAAAAGUUGAUGUACCUGAUCCAGGAGCAAACAAAGAUGGCUCGGUCUCAUCUGCUGGCAAUAUGGAACCUUGUAAUAUGACCAGUCCCAACAUGGUAGAGAAAAGCCCAAAAGCUACAGGAUUUUCGGAUUGUGCAUCUCCUGCAACUCCAUCGUCUGUUGCCUGCAGUUCCUCACCAGGCGUGGAUGAUAAAUUAUUGGGAAAGACUGCAAAUGCAGGCAAUGAUGUUAGUAAUUUGACCGAUUCACCAGCUCCUGGGUUCCAGAAUCACCUGCAGAAGUUUUAUCUCAACCUUGAUAAAUUGGAUAUGGACUCCUUGAAUAAUUUGGGCUCUUCAAUUGCUGAGUUAGUACAGUCUGAUGAUCCAAGUUCCGAAGAUUCUGGUCUUGUUAGGUCCAAUGCAAUUAAUAAGUUGCUGAUAUGGAAAGCUGACAUUUCAAAGGUGUUGGAGAUGACUGAAUCUGAAAUUGAUUUGCUUGAAAAUCAACAGAAGUCUCUAAAAUCUGAAUCUGUGGACGUAUAUCAGUGUCCAGUGGCAUUGGGUUCAGAAGAACAUGUUGAAGUAUCUCAGAAGGUCAUUCGGCCAGUACCGUUGGAAAUCAUUUCUUCUGAUGAACCCAAUGCAGAUAAGAUGCCACCUAAUUUAUGUAGUAUUCAUGAAAAUGACAAGGAAGAGGAUAUUGAUAGUCCUGGAUCAGCAACUUCUAAACUUGUUGAGCCUCUGCCUUUGGUAAAAGCAGUUUCUUCAUGUGAUACUGGGGGAUUUGGUAUCUUAUCAAGGGAUGUGGGUACUAUUCAAUCUACUUCGAUGAAAUGCUUAGUCCGCUGUACUACUGGGAAAAAUGUUAGUGUAUCUGCUUGUAAUGAUGUCAAUACACCGACAGAAGUAAAGGAAAGCAUGGAUGAUGCUACCUACGGAGCAAACUUAUGUUCUAGCUAUGAGGAUACUUAUAACUCAAUUAUUGCUUCAAAUAAAGAAUAUGCUAACAGAGCGCAUGGAGUAUUUGCUAAGUUAGUGCCAAAAGAAUGUAAAAAGCUUGGUAAUAUGGGAGUCAGCAGUGAUUUGUCCUCUCAUACAUUCAUUAUGGAAAAAUUUGCUGAGAAAAAACGGUUUGAAAAAUUUAAGGAGAGAGUUAUUGCACUCAAGUUCAAAGCCUUGCAUCACUUGUGGAAAGAAGAUAUGCGCCUACUGUCUAUAAAGAAAUGCCGUCCAAAAUCUCAUAAAAAAAACGAACUAGGUGUGCGAACUACCUGUAGCAGUAAUAUGAAGAACCGAUCUUCCAUCCGUUCACGGUUUCCUUUCCCUGCUGGAAAUCAUCUAAGCUUGGUUCCAACCGCAGAGAUCAUUAACUUCACAAGCAAACUUCUUUCAGAAUCCCAACCUCAAAUUCAGAGGAACACCCUGAGGAUGCCAGCAUUAAUAUUGGAUGAGAAGGAGAAGAUGGUUACAAAGUUCAUAUCUAGUAAUGGGCUGGUCGAAGAUCCGUUGGCUAUUGAGAAAGAAAGGGAUAUGAUCAAUCCGUGGACAUCAGAAGAAAAAGAAAUUUUCUUGGAGAAAUUUGCUGCAAUUGGAAAAGAUUUCCGGAAAAUUGCUUCUUUUCUUGAUCACAAGACAACUGCGGACUGUGUUGAGUUUUACUACAAGAAUCACAAAUCUGAAUGUUUUGAGAAACUGAAGAGGAAAGAUGUUGGUAAGCUCGGGAAGUCAUUUUCAGCUAAAACUAACUUGAUGGCAUCAGGUAAAAAAUGGAAUCAUGAAGUUAAUGUUUCUUCGCUUGAUAUUUUGAGUGCAGCUUCAUUGAUGGCAGAUGGCAUUGCAGGUAAUAAAAGGAUGCGGUCAGGAAGAAUCCUUUUGGGGGGAUAUGGUAAUGCCAAAGCAUCAAGAGCCGAGGACAGCAAUAUUGAAAGAUCAAACAGUUUUGACAUCCUUGGGGAUGAAAGGGAAACUGCUGCUGCGGCUGAUGUAUUGGCUGGUAUAUGUGGUUCACUUUCAUCUGAAGCUAUGAGUUCCUGCAUAACAAGUUCAAUUGAUCCUGUGGAUGGUAACAAGGAAAGGAAGUUCUUGAGAGGGUACCCGCUAUGCAAACAACCCUUGGUGCAUGAUAUUUCUCAGAAUGCUGAGGAUGAGACUUGUUCAGAUGAGAGCUGUGGUGAAGUGGAUGUUUCGGAGUGGACAGAUGAUGAGAAGGCAGCUUUUCUUCAGGGUGUAUCAUCUUUUGGUAAGGAUUUCGCGAAAAUAGCACGGUGUGUAGGUACAAGGUCCCGAGAACAUUGCAAAGUUUUCUUCAGCAAGACUCGGAAAGUCCUUGGAUUGGAUCUCUCACACCCCAUUCCUGGAAUUGUCGAAUCCGCGCUGAAUGAUGAUGCAAAUGGUGGUGAGAGUGACACCGAUGAUGCAUGUGUUGUUGAGGCAGGUUCAGUGGUUGAUGCUGACAAGUCUGGAAAUAAAACAGACGAGGACCUGCCUUCUGAUGCCUUGAAUACAUUCCAUGACGAAUCCAAUCCUAUGGAAGCUAGGAGCCCGUCAGCUGAAUUUAAUGAAUCAAGAGAAAUCAGUGAGACAGAAGUACGUCUUGAAAAUUUAGACGUGGCUUCCAAUGUUUGUGCAAUUAAGGUUGAAUCUAAGCUGGGAUCUGAUGGUAGUGGGGUUGACUUGGGCAAAACCGACAAGUCUGGUUCAGUCAAUGAAGUUGGCUUGGGAGAUGCAGUUAGAGAAUCAAUUUCUGCUUCAGGAGUAACUGAACCGCGGGAGUGUCGUUCUGUUGCUGUGGAUAGACUAGAUUAUGAGGGUUCUUCUGGGGUUUUUGGAAAUGGAGUGGAUAGGCAAAGAGCGUCAGCACCCCAAUGUGUUGAUGACAGAGAUGAUAAACAUGAAGCUGAUGCAGGUAUUGUAGUUGAAUUGAAAAACUGUGUGUUAGAGUCAAGCACUGCAGCAAAUAUUUCAUUCUCACCGGUGGUCAAUUCAUAUUCAGGAUUGAGUUUUGGUUCUGAAAAUAAGCGCGUGUCCUUUGGAAAGCCUCAUACCUCAGCAUUAUCUACAAACGAUCCUCGGUCAACUGUAAAUUCAUUUUUUCUAAAAGCUUGUACUUCUCAGUGUGAAAAAACAGUUAACCAGGAUAGGCUGUCCUCAACUUGUGAUAUUCAGGGAGGUAGAGAUAUGCGAUGUCAUAGCUCUGGUAGCAAUGGUGACCAUCAGCUUCCUCUUCCAGGGAGCCAUGUCGAGACUGUCAGUGUCCUCCAGGGCUAUCCAAUGCAAGUGCCCAUCAAGAAAGAAGUGGACGGGGAUGUGAAUUGCUGCAGUUCUGCGACUGAUUUGCCUCUUCUGCCCCAAAAAAUCAAACAGACUGAUGAUCAUUCCAAAACAUCAUGGCAUUCUUCAGAUGCAGAAAAAACAUCCGGAAAUGGUGAUGUGAAAUUGAAACUGUUCGGAACGAUACUAACGAAUCCUUCUUCCACUCAGAAACCUAAUUUGAUUACAAAGCGAAGUGAAGAAAACGGUACCGGUCAUCCAAAGUUAAGCAACAAGUCUUCUAAUCUGAAAUUUACUGGUCAUCAAAAUUCUGAUGGAAAUUCGAAAAUUUUGAAGUUUGACCACAGUGAUUAUGCUGGCCUUGAAAAUGUUCCAGUGAUGAGUUAUGCUUAUUGGCAAGGAAAUGGAAUACAGAGUAUACAGCCUGGUCUCUCGUCUUUGCCCGAUUCUUCGUUCUUGUUAGCUAAAUAUCCUGCUGCCUUCAGUAAUUAUCCUAUACCAUCUUCCAAUUUGGAGCAUCAACCAUUGCAACGGCAUUUGACUGGUUCAUCUAAUUUUAUAGCUAGAGACAACAAUUGCAGCAAUGCUAUGCUUGAUUAUCAGAUGUUUAGAAGUAGGGAUGGUCCACAAGUGCAGCCAUUUAUAGUAGAUGUCAAACACCGCCAAGAUAUAUUCUCUGAGAUGCAGAGAAGAAACAGUUUCGAAGCAAUCUCUAGUUUGCAACAGCAGGGCAGAGGAAUGAUGGGAAUGAAUGGUGUUGGAAGACCUGGGAUUCUAGUGGGAGCGUCGUGCAGUGGUGUCUCAGAUCCCGUGGCAGCAAUCAAAAUGCAUUAUUCCAAUUCUGACAACAAAUAUGGUGGUCAGAAUGGGAGUAUUGUAAGAGACGAUGAAUCUUGGGGAGGGAAGGGGGACUUAGGCAGGUAGUAGAUGUGGUCGGCGGCAAACUUUUCUCUUUGCCGCUUCCUGUAUAAUAGUUUUUGUGCUCAAUACAGUGGGGCGAUUUAAUGGUUCUGAAGCCCGUCUUUUUGGUAAAUUAUUAGGUUCUUGUUAUGUGGCAGCAGCUUUGUAUUUGUUGUAUUCGAUGAAAAUACAGAAAUAAUCUUUGGAAAAAGUUAGGAGGGGCGAUUGCCAUUACCAUUUUCAUUUGCCCCCUUUACUUCUCAUUCUUGAAAUCAUCUCCCUACUUGGUUUGAAGUUUUGACUAUUCAUUUCAAGGUACUAAUUCCCUAUGAGAAUGAUAGUGGGCUUGGUUUGUGUUUCAAAACUCCCUUAGCUUUUAUAAUUUUAUCUGUUAGUGAAAUAUGGAAAUAGAUUCAAAAAGCUUUUAUAA